AUGGGGCUAUCCACAUCUGCUUCAUCAUCCAAGAUGGAAAUCAAGUACAGCGAACAGCUAUCUUGUGGAUCAUUGGAUUCUCUUCGACAACUCGACUGUGAAGAAUUAACUGUUGACACCUGCAGCAAUCCUGUCCCGUUGCCAGAGUGCACUCGGGGCUGGAAAUCCUUCCGAAAGCUGGAGAUAUUGAACUGUCAGAACAUGGAGACACUGCCAAAAUGGUUGGGAGAUAUGGCUUCUCUCCGUGAGCUCAAAGUAGAGAUCUACUACAUGAUGAAAACUCUGCCUCCGUGCAUUGGGAGGCUUACAUCUUUGCAGACCUUGGCACUACUGGAAUGCACAAAGAAGUUUAAGCAAAGAUGUAGUGAGGGAGGAGAUGAUUGGAGCAAGAUAAAGCACAUUGACAAUCUAAUCGUAGAAGAGAUAUGA